AUGGCCGAGAAUCCAUUUAUACCACCUCAACACCACCCGGUGGUCGUCUGUUCGCAAUGUAAAAUCGGAGUUCGGCCCAAAGAGACCAAUGGUCACCUCAACCACCAGCAUAAGAAGCUCAGCCCUGCCGUCCGCCAGCAGAUCGCCAGUCGGGUCCAACAGUGGGACCGAGCGGCCGAGUGCGACUCCUAUAUCCCGCCAGCCAGUCUCCCUAUGCCCAUUGCCGGGAUCGCCGAGUACCCAGACGCUCUGAUGUGCACCAUCCAGGAUAUCGACUACCAGGCAGCCCAGAACGCCGGCUCGGUCGAUAUGUGCCGGUAUAUCGCACGAACUCCGCAGACAAUGAGGAAGCACUGGCGCCUCCACCAUCCGGCGCUCCUUGAGAACGGCGUCCCUAGCACCGCACAGCCCACCACGCAGGUGGUAUGCCAGAAGGUAUUCACCUCGGGAACUGGAUCGCAUUAUGUGAUGAUCGAGGCCCAGCCAGCCAAGCGCAGCGUCCAAGACACCCACCCGACGACACUGGAUCCGCUCUAUACGCAGUUCGACCGCCUGGCCGCACUUGGCGAUCCGGCCACCGAUAACCGCGAUAUCGAUCCCGCCCAGGCUGACGAGGCCAACCCAUGGCUCCGCCGUACCCAGUGGGCGGAGUAUCUCCAGGGAUCGGACCCAGACGACCUGAUCCAGUGCGUACGACGACCGGAGCGUGGGGACCAGCUCGAGGCGGAGCGGACGGCUGCGGCCAUCUGGGAUGCGAUGGAAGCGGUCACCCACCGUAGCCAGAGAGUCACCGCACUCACUGGCCACACCAUCCGCAUCGCCGCCAUCCGCGUGCAGCGGGAUCAACUCCCCCACAAACCACUGCAGGCGUAUAUGGACGCGGAUAACAUCCAACGCCACUGUCUCCCGUGGCAGCAGAUCCUCAUGUUCUUCGCUCGGACCCAGACCCCACACCAAUGGAAGAGCCCGUCCUAUCGCCUCACCCCUCGCCAGCGUCUAUCAUGGGAGCACCUCUGGCGGCAGGCUGGACUCUCCCUCCAUGGACCAGACCCUGACGGUCCUCCCGUGCUCAGCCGCUGCGAGACGCAGGAAGAUUGUGGGGUUGACGACGUCGCCAGCGAGUGCUCCAACGACAGUGACGAUUCGAUGGACGGCGAGCAGUACGCCACGGAUAUCAGCCGUCCACUGACCGAGCUCGACCGUGCAUGCUUGGAUUUCUGCAUCGAACUCCUCAACCAGCAGAUCCACGUCCAGGACUACGAGUGCGCGCUGCUCUGUGCCCUUGCUGUCCAGGGCCACGGACCUGGUGGAUGGCGUACCGCAGAUAGCUUCCCCCCAUUUUAUCCAAGGUAA